AGAGCAUCCACCUCUUCCUCUCCGUUACUCAUACUCUCUCCUCAACCCGCUUUCCCCACCUGGGACUUUGACACACUCCUCCUCCCCCCGCCAUCGCCAUGUCAAGUGCGAGGUCCAUUCCCCCAGAUGGCCGCACACCUUCUAGUCCCCCUAGACCCAUAUCGUCUGUCACAUCCCGUUCCGGCACCCCUCGACUGGGCCAGAUCCCUCCCCGUGGUAUAGCUUCUGGCUCCUUCCAACCUGCUCGAUCCGUCGGCCGUGACAGCGGACUCGAACGCACCGCGACCCCGCCCCCGCGCUCCGAUACUGAUCUCGGCGCAAAGGCCGCAGUCGCCUCGACAUCGCAGACAAAGUCGGCUCUCACUGCCGCCUUGGGUAAAUCAGAAGGCGGUAGAGAUGACGCCACCCCUGAACCAGCCAGCGGUUCUGCUACUCCCCUCCGCGCAGACGAGUCUGCCUUCUCCAACUUGGCGGAAGUUCCAGACGAGGAGAAGGCUCGCGUUCUCCGCCGUCACCUGGUGUCUGCCGAGGAACGUGGGGGAUCCAAGGUCGCUACCCCAGGCAACGAUGGCACUCCAGUCGACGGUAGCCAGGCAGGUGAUACUUCAGCGAUCGACGUGCAGGAAGACCCAUUCCCCAUCCCGUACGACGCGCCGGGAGGUGACGUGACCCACGACCUGUACAAAUGGCAGCAAGGUGCUAGACCGCGUCGUCCCAGCCGUGCUGCAUCGUUCUCGCAUGCGGAUCGCUCGGGUAUCAUUGACCCCGCUAUCACCCAGAUGAAGGAACCAGGUGGCUUCCGGCGCAACUUCCUAUCUACCCGUGCCCAAGAGCGGGGCGAGGACGAGCCGCCAAUGAUCCGCAACGUUGUUGACUUUCUUUUCCUUUACGGUCACUUCGCCGGUGAAGACUUGGACGAGGACGAGGAUGUUGACGACGAUGAUGAGCAUGCCGACGCGGAGGAAGGCCGAAGCCCUUCUUCUUCCCGCGCAGGCCCCGCGACCGAGCGCACCCCUCUUCUUCAGCGGAGCAUGAGCAAGUCUCGCAAGCGUUCCAAGAGUGUGCACAAUCAAGGAACGGCUAGUGUCACCCAGGCCGUGCUCAUGUUGCUCAAAGGCUUCGUGGGGACGGGCGUUCUUUUCAUGGGCAAGGCCUUUUUCAAUGGCGGCAUUCUGUUCUCGACCAUCGUGCUCCUAGCCAUUGCUGCCAUAUCAUUGUGGUCAUUCCUUCUGCUCGUCCAGACUUGGAUGAAGGUGCCGGGCUCCUUUGGAGACAUCGGAGGGCAGUUGUACGGUAACUGGCUUCGCAUCACUAUCCUGUUCUCGAUCACGGUUUCCCAAAUUGGCUUUGUGGCAGCCUACACCAUCUUCAUCGCGGAAAAUCUGAGGGCCUUCAUUCUCGCCGUGACAGAUUGCAAGACGGAUGUCUCCACUUCCACACUGAUCUUCGCCCAGCUUUUCUUGUUCCUCCCUCUCGCCAUGAUCCGCAACCUGGCCAAGCUCUCUGGCACCGCCCUCGUCGCCGAUGCCUUCAUCCUGGUGGGCCUAAUUUACAUCGCGUCCUGCGAGGUGGGCACCAUUGCCCACAACGGAGUGGCACCGGACGUACUUUUGUUCAACCGCGAUAGCUUCCCACUCCUCAUUGGAACGGCAGUGUUCGCGUUCGAAGGGAUCGGAUUGGUGAUCCCUAUCACAGAGACGAUGAAAGAGCCUCAGAAAUUCCCCCGUGCGCUCUCAGGAGUUAUGCUCUUCGUGGCCGUCCUCUUCUCUGCAUUCGGUAUUCUCGGAUACGCGGCGUAUGGCAGCGAUGUUCAGACAGUCGUCCUGGUCAACCUGCCCCAAGAUGAGAAGUUUGUCCAAGGCUCUCAGUUCCUGUACUCCAUCGCUAUCCUCCUUUCAAUCCCCCUGCAGCUGUUCCCAGCUGUUCGCAUUAUGGAAACUGGCCUCUUCUCCCGCAGCGGCAAACACAACCGCCGUGUCAAGUGGCAGAAGAAUGUCUUCCGUGCUGGAACGGUCCUGUUCUGCUCUCUCCUCUCGUGGGCUGGUUCGUCCGAGCUGGACAAGUUCGUCUCCUUGGUUGGCGCGUUUGCAUGUCUUCCUCUCUGCUUCAUCUACCCUCCAAUGCUGCAUUUGCGAGGUUGUGCCACGACACGGGCGGCCAAAGCCUUGGACUAUCUCCUUUUAGCCUUUGGCAUUGUCGUCGGCGCGUACUCUACGAUUCAGACACUGCGCAGUCUGUUCACACCUAGUUCCGGAGAUUCGCCGACGUUUGGCAAAUGUUAACCAGCUGCAGGUGUAGCAAGGCCAUGGCAUGCGCUCAUUCCGUCUAAUGUGCGACGGAUGCUAUUACAGCUAUUACAGCGUCAUGUUUUCUUCUCCCCAUCUACAACAAAGAGAGAGUGGGAUCAUUAGUGCAGGAGAUACGCCAACGCAUGGCUUGUGACGGUCGGACAGGUCUCAGAGAUGCUACCUGCACAACCAGGAUCGGAUUGUACAUAGCGUCGAGAUAGUUAGGUGAACGUGCAGUUGACUAUCAUGUGUGCAAGAACGCCCGACUGCUAGCU